AAACAAGGAACGCUUAUACUAAUAUACUAGACUGAAACUCCGGUAGGCGGUAGCUUUAUGCUUCUGAUUUCUGAAUCUUCAUUCUAAUUACUUCUCUGCUUUAUCCCUCUGAGGAACCUAUCCGAUCAAAUUCCGGCCAUAUCAAAUAAAUAAAUAUAUGGCUUGAUGGCUUCUACCUCUUCUAGUUCUACUCCUCGCAAAAUAGAGUAUGAUGUCUAUUUAAGUUUUAGAGGAGAAGAUACACGCAAGACUUUCGUGGAUCACCUCUACAAGCAGCUACUACAGAAAGAAAUUAACACUUUCAAAGAUGACAAGGGACUUGAGAAAGGACGGGAAAUUACGGAGUUGCUACCGAUUAUUAAAGAAUCAAGAUCUGCAAUUGUUGUGUUCUCCAAAGACUAUGCAUCAUCCAAAUGGUGUUUGGAAGAAAUUGCAACAAUCAUGGAAUGUCAACAACAGUACGGCGAGGAAAUUAUGAUACCCAUUUUCUAUGAUGUGGAGCCUAGAGAGGUGGGCAAUCAAACAGCAAGUUUUGGGGAAUCAUUUGCAAAACAUGAAGAGCGCUUCCAGGAUGAUAAGCCAAGGGUGGAAAGGUGGAAGGAAGCUUUGAAAAAGGCUAGCGAAAUUUCAGGGUAUCAUCUCAAGAAUGACUUUAAUGGGUAUGAAGGAGAGUGUAUCACACAAGUUGUUGAUAACAUAUUGAGACGUCUGCCUCCACCUCCAAGUGGUCAACAAAAUUUGGUGGGACUAAAGUCACAACUUGCAGAAAUAGAAAAAUUGUUGAAAACGUCCUCUAAAGAUGCUAAUAAGUUAAUAUUAGGCAUUUAUGGUAUGGGCGGAAUAGGGAAAACAACCCUUGCAAAAGCUGUUUAUUACAAAGUUCGUAAUCAAUUUCAACACUUCAGUUUUCUAAAUGAUGUUCGAGCAAACAAAAUGGAAGACCUGCAAUUAAAGCUCCUUAAGGAUCCCUCCAUUCGAAUAUAUGAUGAUGGGAUUUCAACGAUACAGAAAACCCUCGGAUCAAAGAAAGUGUUGAUUGUUCUUGAUGAUGUAGAUCACAAAGAUCAACUAGAGAAAUUAGUUGGAGAUGGUAAAUGGCUUUACAGUGGUAGUAGAGUCAUCAUAACUACCAGAAAUAAGCAGUUAUUGGAUUCAUUUCGAGUUGCCAUUAAAUGCUAUGAUGUAAAGAAAAUGGAUGAAGAAAACGCUCUUGAACUAUUUAGCCGUCAUGCUUUUAACAAAGAAUAUCCAGAUAAAGAAUUUGAAAAUUUGUCUAGAGGUUUUGUAACUUGUGCUGGUGGUCUUCCAUUAGCUCUUAAGGUCUGGGGUUCUGCUCUAUGUGGAUAUGAUGACAAAGAGUUCUGGAAAGCCACACUGAAGAAGAUUAAAAGCAUCCCAAAUGAAGAAAUUUGUGAAAAGCUUAUGAUAAGUUAUGAUGGACUUGACGAUAAGGAUCAAAAAAAGAUAUUUCUAAAUAUUGCAUGUUUUUUUCGGCACAAGAGAAAGGAUUAUGUAAAAGAUGCACUUGAGAGUUGUGGUUUGCAUCCCGGCAACGGAAUAGAGGUGUUAAUUAAAAGAUGUCUUCUAUUUGAAUCAGAUGAAGGAACUAUUGAUAUGCAUGAUUUGAUACAAGACAUGGGUUGGUAUGCAGAAAGUAAGGAGAAACAUAGGAGCAGGGUAUGUCGGGCUGAGGAUGUUGAAGAUGUGCUAAGGGGAAAAAUGGAGCCUAAACACAUAGAAGGUUUUUUAUUCUCAUCCACAAACAAAUCUACAGAUGAUGAGAAAACCUUAAGAGCUGUCAAAGAGAUGGAAAAUUUGAAGAUACUCAUAGUUGGUGGUGCUGAUAAAAAUUUACCAGCUGACGUUGAUAAUUUUCUUCCUAGCAGUUUGAGGUGUCUUGAAUUCCCACAUUAUAAUUCCCCUUCAUUACCGGAAACCUUUCAUCCUUCUGGAAUUUUAAGUGCUUUGGGCUUUAAUCCAUCGGAGCUUGUUGUGUUCUGUCUGCCCCAUAGUUCUCUACUAAAUUGUAGGAUAACUAAGGGAUUAGACAACCUUAUGUAUUUGGAUCUCAGCAAUUCCCGCUCUUUGUUAGAAACUCCAAAUUUUGAAUUGAUGCCAAAUUUGAAGAGAAUAUACCUUUCAUACUGUGUGGGAUUAAAAGAGAUUCACCCAUCUAUUGGACAUCUUCAGCAGCUUGUUUUGUUGGAUUUAAGCAAUUGCUAUAACCUAGAGAAGCUUCCUUGCUUCGUUCAAGUUUUAUCCCUUCAGUUUCUCAAACUUGAACAUUGUGGAGCAUUACAAAAUUUUCCAGAAAUCCAGACAAAUAUGCCAUAUGUAAAGGAGCUGAAUUUAGAAUCCAUUCCCAUUACAAAACUCCCCUCAUCGAUCCUACAUCUAUGUGGGCUCACCAAGUUACGCUUGUGUGGGUGUGAAGAUCUUGUCUCUCUUCCUGAUGACUUAUGUGAGUUGGAAAGUCUUACAAUUCUUGAGCUUAGAGAUUGUGGCGAACUAAAGUCAUUGCCAGAAAACCUAGGCAACUUGUCAAAUUUGGAAGAACUUCAUAUAUUUGACACUGCCAUUUUUCAACUCCCAUCUUCAAUAACGCAGUUGAGCUCACUUGAAUGCUUGUGUUGGGGAGGCAACCAGGAGUAUGAUGAAGAGAGAGAGAACGAGUUUGAUGAAGAAGAGAGAAGUCUCAAAUUUGUGCCUAGUGUAUCAGCAAUUUUGUUGAUUUACCUGACUUCACUCAACUCCCUCGCCUUCAAUAUCUUGACAUCAAAGGUUGUGGACAACCUAAAGGGUUCCCAGAAACUACAAGAGAGCUAUAUGCAGAUUCUCGUUUUGCCUCUAGAAGAAACAUAA